UUUUAUACAUGUGAUUUUCUAUUAAUUUUUUUUGUUUGUUUUUAUGUUUAUAGGAAGGAUUUGAAUGGUCAUUCUGUAUAUUUUGGUCCUGUUGAUAAUAAGAUUGAGCCAGGUUUUGAUUUUGGUUGUGAGUAUGUUCAGCGAAAGAUGCGGUUUCACUCGUUGCUUCAUUGUGAUCAGUUUCUUAGUGAUUCUCAUAUGGAUGUGAUUUUUUAUUAUUUGAGAAAGAAAGCUAAGUAUUCUACUGCAACAAACAUGAAGAUCACAACUACAGAUUGCUAUUUCAAUAGUAGCAUCAGGUCAUUGCAUGAGAAGUAUGUAAGUAUGAAUGAACAAAUGUCUCUUGUUCAUUCCAAGCAAAAAAUUGCUCAUUUCAUAAAGGGUAAACUUCUUCGAUGUGGUACACGUUGGAGUCAGGCUGACCAUGUGUUGUUGUUGGUGCACAUAAAGACUGUUAGUCAUUGGGUUAUGGGUAGGCUUGACAUGAAGUCUAGAAUUAUAUAUUUGUAUAAUUCUCUAAGGACACCGAAGUAUGCGGCUUCUUCUUUGCUUGCUUUGGAACCUUAUUCUGUCAUGUUGCCAUUGUUUUUCUCUAUGCUGGGUGUUUAUGAUGAGCUUCCUUAUACCUUACCAGCAUCUGUGAAUCCUGUUGCACCUUUCCCUAUUGUCAAUGCUGACGUACUUCCUGAACAAGUGGAUAAGUACGAAUGUUAUAUUUUUGUUGUUUUUAUGUUAAUUUAACAUAUCUAACAUUGAUUUUUUGUUUGUUGUUGUUUCUAGUGAUUGUGGUGUGUUUGUUGCUGCUUUUGCUGAGUAUUUCAUUGAAGGAAAGAAUAUUUCAGCUGACUUCGAUGUUGAGGAGUAUCGCCUUAGGCUUUCUGUGUUGCUAUACAAGUUUGGACUUAUGAAACAGAUUCACAAUGUUGAAAGUGAGCCAGAAAGCCCACCUAAAUCUCCAAAGAAGACGAAGGCAAAAGCUAAAGGGAAAGCGGGGGCAAAAGAGAAGUGAUUUGAAUUCAAGAAAAUUACUCUAUGUUUAUCUUUUGUUGUUUAGCUAGGAUAUGAUAUAAUACAUUGAUAUUUUGUUGUAGGCUUCUCUAUGUGUUUGGUUUUUUUUUUUAUGUUGUUUAGCCAGAACUUAAAGCAGUUGUUGGUGUAUUGCUUAUAGCUAUUUUUAUGUUUUUUUUUUAUGUGUUGUUAGCCUAAAUUACACAACAAUGUUGGUUCAUUACUGAAUCUUUAUAUUCUAUAUAAUGUUGAUAUUAUAUACAGGUGUGAUAUUGAUUUUAUUAUUAUUAUUAUUUUUCUUUGUAUUUCAAAUGAUUAUUAACAUUUUUUAUACAAUGGUAAGACAAAAGAAUCAACAUGUACAUCUGUUUUCAAAUGUAUUUUUAUACAUCAACCAAUUUCUAUAUGUUUUAAUAGUUUACAACUUUACUUUUGCCAUUCUAUGAAUUCAAAACUAAACAUUCCAUUAUCAAACCGAUUCAGUUAAAAUGUAUUCCUGAGUUCUUUUAUUCAAUAGAAACCAAAUUCAAAGCUAAUCAUCUCAAUAGCAAUCAUUAUUUAAAAUUCCUUAUUUUUUUUCUUUUUGUAUCUGUAAAAAUGUUCUAUUUAUGUUGUAUUUAUGUUGCUGUAAUGUUAUGUAGCUGCUGUUGUUUUUCAGUUUAUACUUGGGUUGUUGCAUGUCCUCCUGUUGUGUCCUUUUCUUCCACAUUUGGUGCAUUUGAUUUGUGUCUUGGUCUCCCAACUAGGUCUCGUUCUUUUCUUCUUUGGUUUUCCCGCUUUUACCCUUUCAAGUGGUGGCAAUAUUUCAAUAUCCUUGAUUUCUUGAGGAAUGUCCCAACUGCUUUGAUUUCCUACUGGAUAUACAGUUGCUUCAUAGGUUUCGAGCCAGUUCUUUGUGCUGUAGUAAUCUGAACAGUAAUUUUGUGGGUCAAGAUACAUCUCUUUCAUCACUACUAAGGCAUGCGCACAUGGCAUUUCAUCUAUUUGAAACCUAUUGCAUGUGCAUGUUUUUUGUUCUAGAUUCACAACCCAUGAUCUUUUUACUUUGUACACUUCAAAUAUGUGUUCAUUUGAUGCUCUAACCUGAGAACAAAUUUGUUGUGUAUAUUGUUUGUUAAAAUAAUAGAAAUUAAAAAUUAGUUCAACAUUAUGAAAUAUAAUUCUAGAAAAAUCGUGUACCUUUAAUUUCAAAGAAGUUUUGUAGUUGCCCUUCAUCUUCAUCUCUGCAAGUGGAGUCAAUUUUGUGAAUGUUCCUUGAGCCAUUUUCCUGUUUUUGCAUGUCCAUUUCUGGAUUAAAGUCCUCAGAGCUUCCAUGAGUGUUGUUAUUGGGAGUUCUCUAGCGGCCAGGUUUGCUGCAUUCAAUUAUUCAGCAACAUUGGAUGUCAUUGUACUGUAUCUUUUGUGUUUGGAAUACAACCUUGACCAUUUAUCAUAUCCAAUUUUUUGUAGAUAAGGUCGAACUCGUUUGUCUAAGGCAUCGAGCUCUCUCAUGUGAUAUUCGAAUUUUUUAGCAGUGUAGGCCUUGGCUACACGAAAAAAUGGCUUUUCGAAGAACCUUGCAUUUUUCUUGAAUGUUGUUUUCAGGUUGUUGAGUAGGUGGUACACAUAAUAUCCAUGUUGUAUUUUAGGGAAGACUUGUUGAGCUGCCUUUAUUAUACUUUCAUGUCUAUCAGAUAUAACACACUGUUCUUGUCUAACACCAAAUGUUGCUCUUAAUUUUUCAAAGAACCAUUCCCAUGAUAGAUCAUUUUCGGAAUCUGCGACACAAAAAGCUUAUAGGAAUAUUUUACUUGCUGCAUCUUGUGCACUAGCUGUUAGUAGUGUUCCCCCAUAUGUAGCUUUAAGAAAUGUUCCGUCGACUACUAUUAUAGGUCUGUAUUUUUCCCAUUCUUUUAGUGAAGCAUUUCGUGCCAUGAAGCAAAACAAGAAGUUGUUGUUUACUUCAGUUUCAAUGUGCACUACAGAACCGGGGUUUGUUUUUUGGAGCAUAUAGAAAUAGCUAGGCAGCAACUGAUAAGACUCCUUUGCUUUUCCUCUAACUAUGUUUAGAGCAUGUUCCCUACUCCUCCAUGCCUUCAUGUAAUUCAUUUGUAUCCCAUAUUUGUCAUUCAUCUCAAAUCUGAUAUCUGUUGGUGUAGCUGUUGUCUU